UAAUAUACGUAAUAUUGAAUUUUCAACAAUAAUGCAACACAUGAUUGUUUACACUUUUGGUUUACAAAAAAUGUAAUAAGUCUGCUUAUCAUUUUAAUCUACAUAACAAGGUCAUUUAUUUGAACUUAACUAAUAUUUCGUGGCUUUUUGGUUAACACGUUGGAAGUAGCCACGUUGGCUUGAUAUAUACAUGGUUACUUGAUAAGAAUCUUCGACUUGACCAAUCAUCAGUCAUAUGUUCGAUCAUCAUUUAUCUUCCCGCCAAACACGAGUGAUCUUUUCAGUAAAACGAUCAUCUGUUCCAGAGAAGAUGUGGAUGAUACUUGCAAGUGGCUUUUUAGCUAUUGCAUUAACAAAUGCGAAUAAUGAAGCAAAUAUGGUUUUCGAUGCAACAAACCCUCCAGAUGCGAUUCCUGGCUUCGAUGGAAAGCUUCCAACGGCGAAAGAACUUCUCGAAAUGCUUGAUUCGAUGAGUGGCUUAUCAGAUGAAGAAAAAUCAAGUCUUAGAGAGAAUCUAUUAAAAAAUCUUCAAGGAGACCAUGUCCCUGAGACGAUGCCUGGCAAUGAUUUGACUAUGCAAACUAUCGUUCUUUUAUCCUUAUUGGGCAUUGUUGUUCUCAUCUUUGUUUUCUUCGUUUACAAAUUAUUCAAAUGCUUAUCGGAUAGACAAACAAAACGGGAAGAGAAGAAGAAGAAUAAACAAAUGAAGAAGAAAAAAUAAUACAACUGAUAUAAAAAUAAGAAUAUGCCAUGUGUUAUAAAUCAUAUCAUGUUGUUAUGCGAAUAAUC